ACACACGCGGCGGCUUGCUGAAACUGCAUCCGCAGCCGAGCGUGGUGCUCCCAACCACAGCCACCGGAGGAAGAGCCAAAGGAAAGGGCGCGAAGGGGGAAGCAUGGAGUGACAGGGUAUUGGGGCAAGACCCACAGGCUCAUUUCAGAGCUCCUCUGGUGGGAACCUGUACCCGACUGCUAUGCUCCUCCCUCCUCUUCCCAACUCUCGGUGAUCAUCUCCAUCUCCCCUCGCGCAUCCCUUCCCCCCUCCCUGCUUUCUUUGCUCUCCCUCCCUGCCGCGUGCCUGCUCCCCUCCCCCUCUCCUGGCUGCUCUGGGCAGCAGCAGCCUAGGCAGCCCCGGAGAUGGGAAGAGAGCGCGCGGGGCGCUGCUGCUCUGGAGCCGCCGAUCUUUCCUCCCCCGGUUCCCUGAGACCCCGCCGCCGCUCUUGCCUCCUGGCUACCCACCAACUCCGGCUACACUGCUAGGACAGCGCCGCCACCACCGUCAGCCCUCGUCCCGCCCGCGCCGCGCUGCUCUCACGCGCCCUGGAUGGAGCUUUCCCUCGUUGGGAUCGAUUUAGAAUGUGAUAACUCAAGUAUCUGAUAACGUGGAGUAUUUCAACACUCAUCUCUGCUUCCCAUGCUAUGUGCUCUACAGUGAAAAAUUAUGACAUCAACAUCCAAAGGCGUUCUUCGCCCAUUUCUAAUCGUCUGCAUUAUCCUGGGCUGCUUCGUGGCAUGUCUGCUUAUUUACAUCAAGCCCACCAACAGCUGGGUCUUCAGUCCAAUGGAGUCUGCAAGUUCUGUGCUGAAAAUGAAAAAUUUCUUCUCCACAAAAUCUGAUUAUUUUAACGAAACUACUAUUCUGGUUUGGGUGUGGCCAUUUGGACAAACCUUUGACCUUACAUCCUGCCAAGCAAUGUUCAACAUCCAAGGAUGCCAUCUAACAACGGACCGCUCGUUAUACAACAAAUCCCAUGCGGUUCUGAUACACCACAGAGACAUCAGCUGGGACCUGACUAACUUACCUCAGCAGGCCAGGCCACCCUUUCAGAAAUGGAUUUGGAUGAACUUAGAGUCACCCACUCACACACCCCAAAAGAGUGGCAUUGAGCACUUGUUCAACCUGACUCUAACUUAUCGCCGUGAUUCAGAUAUACAAGUGCCUUACGGCUUCUUGACGGUGAGCACAAAUCCCUUUGUGUUUGAAGUGCCAAGCAAAGAGAAGUUGGUGUGCUGGGUUGUGAGUAACUGGAACCCUGAGCAUGCCAGGGUCAAGUAUUACAACGAGCUCAGCAAGAGUAUUGAAAUCCACACCUAUGGGCAAGCAUUUGGAGAAUAUGUGAAUGAUAAAAAUCUGAUUCCCACUAUAUCUACUUGUAAAUUUUAUCUUUCUUUUGAAAACUCAAUUCACAAAGAUUACAUCACAGAAAAGCUCUACAACGCAUUUUUGGCUGGUUCAGUACCUGUUGUCCUGGGACCAUCUAGGGAAAACUAUGAGAAUUAUAUUCCAGCUGAUUCAUUCAUUCAUGUGGAAGAUUUUAAUUCUCCCAGUGAGUUGGCAAAAUAUCUGAAGGAAGUUGACAAAAACAAUAAGUUGUACCUUAGUUACUUUAACUGGAGGAAGGAUUUUACUGUAAACCUCCCACGGUUUUGGGAAUCACAUGCAUGUCUGGCAUGCGAUCAUGUAAAAAGGCAUCAAGAAUAUAAGUCUGUUGGUAAUUUAGAGAAAUGGUUUUGGAAUUAAAGUGUCCAUCAUUGUCACAGUGAAAUAGAUUAAUCAUCAUUCAAGUUUUCAGGAUAAGAAGAAACACGCUGCAUUUGGGUCACAGUUUAAUUUUUCCUGCCCUCUAUUGAGGACCAUGUAUAUUUUGAUGAAAUUUUUAAGAGACCAGAAUUAGCAAUCACUCAAUUUGGUUUUAAAUUAUCCUGUAUAUAUGUGAUAAUAAGCACUGGAAAUAAUUUAUUCGUCACUCUCAUUUGUAAAACAUUCUGUUUUUACAUUUUAUAGUUGACUGUAAAUUAUGAUUUAAUUGUUUCUACAUCAAUCAGAUCUUUAAUCUAUUUGGAAAAUGAAAAUACAUAUCCUAAAAUAUGAAGGACUUUUUGCCAAGUAUUAUAAAGCUUAGAUUCUAGAUUGUAUAAUGCUAAGAAGGAUUAUUGAAUCACUUCAUUCUUAACCUCUCUGAGGUUCAGAGUUGAACACUACUGACAACUGAUGUAGUUUCUACCUGUACCACAUUUGUGAAGCUGGGCUAACUGAUGUAGUAAAGAAGAGAGACGUGAAGCAGAACUGUUAUUGGACUAAACAUUCAUUUUAUUAAGUUGUUUUGCAAAUGUGAAUUCUCAAUAUCUUAAGUUAAAGAAAACAAGAAUUUUCAGAGACACAAUUUAUGUGGGUUUGGGAGUAUUUUUGUUUGGUUUGUUUUUUUAGUGCCUAAUAAUAUCUAAGAGAAUCCUUCGAUAGUUUCCUUUCAGUUCAUGAGGAUAAUUAUUACUGUAAAAAUAAAUAAUUCCCUCUUAUAACAAUAAAAAUGUUAUCUGCAAAUACAAAUAAACAUACAAAUUAUACCGUUUAUAGAACUUUAAAUACUUCAUUCAUUUGAAAAUUUUUUUCCAAAGAACCCAUAUUUAAGUUUUAGUUUACCAUAUUUGGUAAUAAAUAGAAGUAAAACUUGAAAGAUCUGUCUUAUCAUUUAAAAGAGCUUAAAAUUUUUACCAAUGGGUGAAAUAUGGCAUAAAACACAAUAAAUUAGGAACCUAUAGGGAAUACACAGUGCUGACACUGAGUAAGAUUUCAACAUGUAUUUAUUACAUAAAUUAAUUAUCAGCAUUUAAAAAGUCAGAGGUAAAUUUUUGUUUUUGAUUAAAAAAAAAAAAAACAGUUCUAGCCAAGAACUAUUAACUGAAAAUUAUCUCUCUCAUACCAUUUUAAAAAACUAUCCAUACGUAGCAUAUGUUGCUAGUAUAUUCCGGGCUUUACAGAACCGAUAUAAACUUAUUGCACUGAAUUUGGGAGCAUGUUAUCUAUGAACUUGGAUCUGCCUGCAAAACUCUCUUCCGUAAGUGUAGAGGAGAUAAGUAGGCAUAUGCAAAUAUAAUAGUUAAGAAAAAAAAAGAGAUAUUGAAGAGCCUUACAAAUUUUUUUUUCUUCAAAGUAUUUCUAAUGCCUGUGUUCCAUGCUGUUCAAAACCUAUAGAAAAAAUAAUAAUGUUCUGAUGACAUCUAUUUGGAUCUUUUGUGGCUCAUUUAUUAUUAU